AUGGCAAAACUAUUAAAUAUAAAAUUAAGAACUAACAAAACUAGUUAUAACUCCACCUCGCCAAGCAACAGAGUUAUUAAAUUAGUGGGUCAAGCAGAAAUAACCGACCAAAGCGGAACCAAAUUGGCACAAAUAAAAAAUAGAGGGGGGGGGGAUGCUGAUAUUGAAGUAACUAUUAAAAACGUCAAGUAUGAUGAAGCAGUGGGGUUACAUGGAACUAGGAAUUUUCUAGCCAUGGGUUCUGGCUCUGCUCCUUUAAAUGUUCUAGAAUUAGAAAAAGACCAAGAUUUUCAAGUUGAAAGUUUUAAAGACAGUGGUGGAAACAUCCGACAUAAUUUAUUUUCAGCUAUCGAAUUAAGUGGCGGUUUGCCAGAUGUUAAAAAAAUUGUUAUUGAUCAAUCAGAUAAAAAAAACGAAAGUGAGCUAGUUGAUACACUUGCGAAAAUUAAAAAAUAUAAAACGGCUACUCCUGGUUCGCUCGAGAAUAAAUUUUACGAACUGAAAGACAUUAUUACUGACGACCGAGAAGUUAAAGAAAAGAUUGUCGAUCCCCUUGUCAAACUCAUUGAAGAAAUUAUUCCCGAAUACAAAAAAGUCGGAGUGGGAUUUUCAGUCAGCCGAGCCGAGAAGUAUGAGUACACGAAAGAUUCUCUGGGAGCGGCGAUGAUAGAAAAAGGCGAACGCUACACCAAAGACAAUAUUGACAAGUUUCGGAAAUUUUUCACUAAUGACCUAGAUAAAGACGACCCCAAAUAUUUUCGCGAACAAAAAAAAUCUACUGGAAUAGAAAUAAAAGAAGGUGAAGAUUAUACUCGCACUUAUUAUGAAUUGGUUUUUUGGAAGUCCGUUGGCAUUACAGUUCCCAAAAUAAAAGAAAUCAUUUUGGAUAGCGAAGUUUCUUUUAACGAAACCUUGGAUAAGUCAAAAAAAGAGCAUUUGUAUGCCUAUAAAAAAGUAAUUGAAAUCGAGUUUCCAACAGUUAAAAAUGACCAAACUCUACUCGAUUCAUACCAAGAAUUGACGAAAUUAUUCUCAGUUUUGGAUAAGGCUUCUUACACGAGUGAAAGCAAGAGUACUUGCGAAAAUGAUUUAAGUAUUCUCAAAAAAUAUGAAAGUCCGACCGCCAAUUCCGACCAGGAGAAAAUUAAGAAAAAGUUUGCGACCGAAAUUAGCCAAAAGAAGCAGGAAAUUAACAAUCGUUUAGCGGUUCUCAACUCGGGGUCAAACUUACAAGCGGCAAUAACUGCGGCUAUUAAUGAGGAUUACGGCCAAGGUCAAUUGAGCGACGAACGGAAAAAGAUUUUCACAGACCAUAAAGCGUCAAUCACUACGGAGGCCAUUCUCACCGAGAUUAAAGAGUUAAUUAAAUUGCUGGUUCGGGCGGAAGAGAAUAUGGACACUGGCACCAGCAAGGAUUUGCUGAAUAAAUUAAAAAAUGAAUAUCAGAACGACAGCGGCGAUAAAAAAACGGCUUACACGAUUGUCAACCAA